UUCGAUGUGGACGGAGCCAGUUGUUCGAGCGAUGUGGCACGAUAGCACGCGACCGCGCGCCUUGUGGUUCGCGCGACGACUACCUUACAGCAUAAACUUACUACCAGAAAACUAAAGGAAAAACAAAGAAACAGGAGGAAGGAAUGACUCGAAGAAACUUUCAUGCUGUGCGGAAUCAAAAUUGCAAACAAAGGGUAUGCUGAUGGAAAAAUGACAAAAUAAUGCGACAGAACUUAGAAGUUUCAUACAAUAAUCUACUCAUUUAAAAUCCCUGUUUACAGAUCAGCAAGCAGCAGUCUAUUGUCUUGAGUCCUGUCAUCAAUGUCAUGCGUCAAGUGGUUGACUGAACUUUGUUGAUUCUGUGGCUGUUGUCUGGUUUUGAGGUUAUGUGAAGUCGAGGUUUAUGUAUUCAUAACAAAAACGAAAAUAUAAUCAAAAUGCCUCUGGAUUACCGAAGAUUUAAUGGACCCGAAGACAGUGUGUCAUACAAACGUUUUACUAAGGACCAUUCAAAGACUUAUGAUGAACUUUACAAAGAGUUGCUAGAUGAUAACGGAGUUCGGAAAGACGGCCGCGCUUUGGCCGAGGCUCGUAGCAUGUGUAUGUUUUUUGCUAGAACCGAUAUGGUUUCUCAAGCAAAGGGAUCAGCGUACGUAGAAUUGAGAAAAACAAAAGUGGUUUGUUCCGUGUUUGACCCGCGAGAAAUCCCCCACCAAAAUGAGUUCAGUCAACUUGGCCAAAUAUUCUGUGAGGUGAAAUUCGCGCCAUUUUCUUGCCCCCGCAAACGGCGCCAACACCAGCCUGAUGCUGAAGAAAAAGCUUUGUCUGUGGCACUCAGGAAAGCCCUGGAGCCCACAGUCUGUAGACACAUGUUCCCUAACUAUCAGGUUGACGUGUUCAUAUACAUUCUGGAGCAUGACGGGGCGUGCUUGCCCGCAGCAAUUAACGCUGCUGGCCUUGCAUUAGCCGAUGCAGCGGUCCCAAUGUAUGAUGUAAUAACAUCUUGUUCCAUUGCAGUUAUAGGCGACAAGAUGUUCGUGGACCCAACAGAAAAUGAAGAACAUCUAGUCUUAUUAAGCCCACAGACUGCUACCAAUCAUGGUAUUGUCACAUUGUCUAUGCUGUCUGAAUUAAAGCAGAUAUCAGACUUCACGGUAGUAGGCUCUAUGGAUGUGGAAUGUAUUUCAAAAGCUAUGACUGUUCUAGAAAAAGAAUGUGGUAAGCUUGUACCUCUGAUACAGAAGGUGCUUGUAGCUAAUGUUUUAAAGUGUAUCGAACAACGAAAGAGGUUGGAAGAGGAAGCUAACGAGAGGGAACAGGCUUUAAACGCAAAGAUGGAGGAGUGGAAAAGAUUAUUAAAUGCUGGAUGAGAUUUAA